ACUUCCGGGGCGGCCAUUUUGGGAGGUCGGCCGUCGGCGGCUGGUCGGUGUGGGGGGGGGGCGGGCUCGGUCGCGGGCUGUAGCGAGUGGUGACAGCGGCACGGGGGGCAGCCCGCGGGUCGGCGAGUGUUGGGGGCGCCGCAGGGCGAGAGCCGCCACCCGGUGAUAACAGCGCCCGUCUGCCCCCACCAUGUCGGACUUCGACAGCAACCCCUUCGCCGACCCGGACCUCAACAAUCCCUUCAAGGAUCCUUCUGUUACACAAGUGACAAGAAAUGUUCCUCCAGGGCUAGAUGAGUACAAUCCUUUUUCUGAUUCAAGAACACCUCCUCCAGGAAAUGUGAAAAUGCCUAAUGUACCCAGUACCCAGCCAGCAAUAAUGAAACCAACAGAAGAACCACCUGCUUACACACAGAUUGCAAAGGAGCAUGCCUUGGCCCAGGCAGAACUGCUAAAGCGUCAAGAAGAACUGGAAAGAAAAGCAGCUGAAUUAGAUCGCAGAGAAAGGGAAAUGCAGAGUCUCAAUCAGCAGGGGGGUAGAAAAAAUAACUGGCCACCUCUUCCUGAGAAUUUUCCAGUAGGUCCUUGUUUCUAUCAGGACUUUUCUGUAGACAUUCCUGUAGAAUUCCAGAAGACAGUAAAGGUUAUGUACUAUCUGUGGAUGUUCCAUACAGUGACACUGUUUCUUAAUAUCUUUGGAUGUUUGGCCUGGUUUUAUGUUGAUUCUACACGAGGAGUUGAUUUUGGAUUGAGUAUUCUCUGGUUCUUGCUUUUUACCCCUUGUUCUUUUGUCUGCUGGUACAGACCACUUUAUGGAGCUUUCAGGAGUGACAGUUCAUUCAGGUUCUUUGUGUUCUUCUUUGUAUAUAUCUGUCAGUUUGCUGUACAUGUACUUCAAGCUGCAGGAUUUCAAAGAUGGGGAAACUGUGGGUGGAUUUCAUCUCUUACUGGUCUGAAUAAGAGUAUUCCUGUUGGCAUUAUGAUGAUAAUCAUAGCUGCACUUUUCACAGCAUCUGCUGUUAUAUCAUUAGUUAUGUUUAAAAAGGUGCACGGUCUCUACCGCACAACUGGUGCCAGUUUUGAGAAAGCGCAGCAAGAGUUUGCCACAGGAGUGAUGUCCAACAAAACUGUACAGACUGCUGCAGCCAACGCCGCAUCGACAGCAGCAACCAGCGCAGCUCAGAAUGCGUUCAAGGGUAACCGGAUGUAGGGAAACAUAAGAAGUCAUCAGAGUUCUCUUUGAUUGUACUUUAUUUUCCAGUCACUUACUAUAUUCCCUAAAAGCCUAGGUCAAAAUUCACACAGCAUGUUUGCCUCUUUUGCAGCUGUGCAUGGGUAAAAUGGGAAAUGUUUUGUUUAUCUUAUUCUAAAUUUAUUUAUUUGAAAAAAAAUAACCUUUUUUUGCCCUUCUUUAAGAUGUUGCAUUCUAGAAUAUAAAGCCUUCCAUAUUUUCUGGAGGAUAAAUAAUUUUAACAAUUGGCCUGAGAAUGAAUAACGAUCAAAUAACUGUAUUAAGAAUUUGGAAGGUUUUUUAAUGAUUCACUCUAGAAUUUUUUUUUUUUAAACUUCAGGAAAGCACUUUGGAUCAAUUAUUUUUCUUUGUCAGAACUGUUUUCCCUAUUUCUACUGUAAGAAGUGAGUUACACUGAAAGAUGUAGGAAGUAAGGUUUACCUACUGGUUUUGCAGUUUCAGCAGCUGCUGGAGGACAAAUACAAGUACGAUAGAUACUAUAAAUUCUUUUCUUGGGGAUCUUUUAGGAUAAGUCUUUUGAUAUAAACCUGUAAGUUUGCAUGAAUACUGUUGAGCUUUAUCUGAUCUUGUUUAAAUAGUGUGUUGGUCCAGAAUUUACCUGCACCACUUUAUAAUUAUAGCGUUUGUUUGUAUCUAUUUUCAUGGAGUAUUCUCUACUUGUUAGAAAUGACUGUGGUGCAGAAACAUUCUCUGUAAUAGAAUGUGUAAUGCAGUGUACAGUUUAAGGAAGUUAACUGAUGGUUUCAAUCACAGAGCUAAAUGAUUAUAUAUUUGCUAUCUUUAAUUUCAGUAUUCAUGUCUUGGGGUAAUGAUUUUGCUGGAAAAUAAACAAACACUGACUUUUAGAACACUAGUUUCUUGCCCCUUUUCCCUCUUCUACAUGCAGUUGUAAUUUUGUUGGAUUGGGGAUUUUUUGGGUUUGUUUUGGUUUUGUUUUUUUUUUUAAAGUGUAUUUGUGUUUAACAGUGGUACUAAAUCUCUAGCUUAGCCAUUCUUGUUUACUGCUUGUCCAAAUACCUAACUAUACAGUAUUUAAUAUUCUAACAGGAAUAGUGUCUAAACCCAAGCUUUUUAAGCAAUGGCAUUUAACAGAUACUUGAAUUCAUUUUAAUGUCAUCUCAGCCAUCUCUGUGAUGUGAUUUAAGCUGGGAGAAAAAAGCUUUUAAAGUAUUUUGAGUUGGAAAAGUGAAAAAUACUCAUCUUCAACAAAGUUAAAUUUUAACUCACUGAACUGGGGGCUUACGAGGUUGAAUUGGUGCUGUGGAAUUGAACAAUCCAUAAUGGUACAUGCCAUGAUCUUAUUCUAGAAUAUAAUCAGGUCUCAGUAUAAUGUAAUGUUUCUCUCCUUUGAAGAUUAUUAAUUGUACUCAUUGCUUCAUGAGUCCUAUGCACAAGGUUUGGGCUGUUUUUGCAAACUUUGUUUUGGAAAAUGCAAACAGGAAGGACCCCAUCCCACAACCUGUGUAAGUAUACACUGUGGCUGAAAUGAAUUCAGCUCUGAAGGUGAAUCAUCUUUAGUAAAAUGGCAUAAAAUUCUGAGACCUUGCCAGAAUGUGGACUGACUUCCACAGAUUCUUUUUCACUGCACUGUAUUCACAAUAACAGAAGAGCAUUACAAAAAAUAAAACCCCUAGCUUAAUCCCUGGAUCAGUAUUGUACUGUGAGCAUGAAGUCCCUAUUAGUCUCCUUUCUUCUAAUUUCUUUAAAUCCAGCUUGAAUUUGGAUGAAUGUCCUAGUUUCACCUAUGCUGAAAUUCAUAUUAAUGAAUAUACUUGCUUCUAAAUGUUCUCUGCAUCAUGGAGUUAAAAGCAAUUUAAAUAUUCUGUGUAAUAGGGGCUCUAAAAUUUCAUAUCAAUGGACAUGCUAGCAUUGAACUUAAAUUUGUAUGGAAUGUUAUUAAAAGCUUUCCAGAUAAAAGCCACCAUUUUCUAUUGAAAUCAGGCAUUAUCUUUCUAGCAGUGGUAUAUCAAGAUUGUUCUUUUCAUAAUCUUUUAAAUGUAACUUGAGCCUUGUAUCUUGGAACUUCUACUAUGGAUCACUUUAAAAUCUAAAUUUAAGCAACUGUUUUCUUAUCUCUUGGAUAGUAAUCCUAGGGACAUAAUCCUUGCAAUUUAACUUAAGCUGAAGAUUGCAUAGUAACAUACAUUACCAGAAUAUAUUCUGGAAAAAAACCCUACCCCACAUUAGGAAUAAAACCUAAAUUUGGCAGGUAAACUUUUUCCCAAAUAUUUAAAGGCUCUUUGAGAAAACUUAUUUAAUGUUCUAUGUGCAGAGAGUGUUGGUUUGUAGUGUCAUGGGUUGAAUGUAUGGAUUUAAACCUCCUAAGUGAAAUUUAGGGUUGUUACACAUGAGUUGUUUAAACCAGAAAUCUCUGACACUUUGCAGCCUAAAAGGGAAGGAGAAGUUUGAGACAGGAGGCUAAUACUUGUUAAAGUAUUUUGUACCUAAUGAAAACUAGAUUUUACAGUCUCUUAUUAUCAGAGUAUGGCGCCCACAGAAGUUGUAAUUUUGUAAUAUUGUGGCAAAUUUGAGUACAACAUAUGAAGUUGAAACACUGGAAUGUCAGUAGUCAUUGAUCUGUAAUUUAGGAGUUGGUUUUAUUUAUCUGAGGGCUGUUUGUACAUUUUGUAAAUUACUAACAAUGCUCUGCCAUCCUGGUGAAUGUCAAAUGCACCACUUCUGUCCCUCUGUUGCAUGUCUGAGUAGCUCAGAAGUUUUGUAUAUUUAUUGUAUUAAAACAGUGACACAGAAUAAAAGAAGUUUUUUCCUGA